UCAGGGAUACACCCACAUCGGUGGAUCCGGGUAGGUUUUAACAGCGGAAACCCUAGCUUCCUGUCUUUCCCCUCUUCUCUUCGAAUCAUUUCUCAGCUUAUCUGGUCACUGUCGCCGCCGCAGCAGCAGCUAAUACCAUACGAGAAUAAGCUAUGGCUGUUCCUCUUCUAACAAAGAAGAUCAUCAAGAAGCGUGUCAAGAAGUUUAAGAGGCCACAAAGUGAUCGCUGGGUCUCUGUGAAGCCAAACUGGCGUAGACCUAAGGGUAUUGAUUCACGGGUGAGACGGAAAUUCAAGGGAUGUACACUGAUGCCCAACAUUGGUUACGGGUCAGACAAAAAGACCCGCCAUUAUCUCCCUAAUGGCUUUAAGAAAUUUGUGGUGCACAAUGUCCAAGAGCUGGAGCUUUUGAUGAUGCAUAACAGGACUUAUUGUGCGGAAAUUGCACACAAUGUGUCGACACGGAAGAGGAAGGUGAUUGUGGAGCGAGCGGCACAGCUGGAUGUGGUUAUUACAAACAAACUAGCCAGGUUGCGCAGCCAGGAGGAUGAAUAAGAGACGUCUGCUUGUUUUCUUGUUAUGAGGCAAUAGAAAUUUUAAUUUAUAUAUAUUUAAAAAAAACUUUGCAGUAGAAAAUUUUAUUACAGAUUUAAGUAGGGAAAGCUACCUAGAUUCUCAUAUUUUUCUUUGGAAUGCCUCCUGUCCUUGGGGCACCUGUUGGUUAAUAGUAAGUGUUGGUGAAUUUAUCA